GUAGAAUUGCUGUAUUAUGUUGUCAAAAUACUGUUUAUUUGGUAUAUUAUUCCUGAAAUCUGAAAAUAUCUGCAUGCAAAACUAAGUCCCUUAUAUACAGUGGUUCUUCAAUCAAUAGAUUCAUUUGAACUCUAAAUGUUUAUUCUAGCUACAACCAAAAUUUAAGCACAGUUGAACGUAACAAAUUGUGAUAUUUUUUUAAAUAAACACUGAGAAAAUAUCAAGAGUUGAAGUAUUUGGAGAUCAAAAUAUAAAUAUUCUAAACUUUAGAUGAAAAUCAGGGAGAUUCAUUAUAACAUAGUAUCAUAUCUAAAUCAGAUGUGCAUGCAGUACCAAGAAAAUUGCAAGAAAAAUUUGCAAGAUGCACUUUUGCUUCAACUUGUACAAAUCUUAUUAAAAGUGUUUGCGAAGUGCAUUUUUGCACCAACCUGUACACACUUAUUAAAGUCUGCACUAAUCAGUUUUGUAUUAUCUACCUGCAUGACAUCUGAAACUAAAUAUAGGUCACUAGUAGGUGUAUAUACUGAUACAGAAACAUGGCGACUAUAGUUCCUAAAUACCCACUUGGAUCUGCUCAAGUGCACAUCCAAAUGUGUGAGAAACACGAUUUAAGAAUAGACAUGACAUGUGAAGACUGUGAUGAGUUUAUUUGCUCACAAUGUGCCAAAACAGACCACAAGGAUCACGACUGGAAAACUAUACCUGCAGCAGGAAGUCAAAGGAGAAAAGAGCUAAAUGAAUUUUUGAGUAAGAUUAAGGAGGAGGAUGUGAAAAAGAUGGAUGAGAAGAUAGAGAAGGCAGCAAAACAGAUGGAAGACAAUCAGAAAUGCUGUGAUUUUGAGGUCUCUAAGCUUCAGAAACAGUUUGAUGAGAUAGUGUCAAAACUUAUUAAAAUCAAGAUACAUUUGGAAACUGAAUUGAGGGAAGGUUUGGUAAGAAAAAAUGCUAAAGUAAGUGAGAAGAAAUUAGACUUAGAAAAGAAUUCUAAAAAAAUCAAGGAUUUUGUGAAGUUCCUGGAAGAUAAACACAGUAUUAUGUCUGACUAUAGUUUGAUAGAGAACCUCAGAGACUUGACCAACCUUGUAUCUAACACCGACGGUAAUAUAGAGAAAGGGGAUUACUCAUUGAUGUACAGAGAAGGGGGCAUCGGAGAAGAAUUACUGGAGUCCAUGAUGGGGCAUACGUUUGAUGUAGAUGACAUAACUGUUACUGAGACAGAUUCAUUUCAAUACGGAGAUAAAAGUAUAGUUGUUAUGGAGGCAAUCAAAAAAGAUACGUGUUUUGUUGGAGGUUUGAUUUCGGGUUACAUUGAAAAAGUGAAUAAAAGCAAUAAGAAGGAAAUAUACAUUAAUAUUAAUGUUAAUGAUGUAUGUGUCACAGAUGAGGGUGAUGUGUACGCCACUGAUUUUGAUAACGACUGCGUCCUCAGUCUGUCCCAGUCAGGCUCAGUCUCUACUGUGUUCAGGACAGCUCCGUUGGUGGCAGUAGGAAUCUGUCCAUCAACAAAAGGAGGACUGAUGGUCACAUUGGUGGAUGAUGAGUCAGAAAGAUAUCAACCAGACUCGAGCAGCCGACGUCUGGUCAGACACGUGACACUGACCGGUGACGUCAUCCGUGAGUACGAGUACCAGGAGGACGGUCAGACUAGGCUGUUCACUGUACCAAGGAGGGUCAGACAGAACAGUAACACUGAUAUCUGUGUGUUGAACAGGACAAACCAAUUUGCCGGUGAACUGGUGAUUUUAUCUAUAUCUGGAUAUCUGAAGUCUGUAUACCAGGGCAAAAACCAGGGCUUUCAGUUUAAUCCAAUUGAUGUGGUGUGUGAUUCACACUGUAACCUCAUUGUUAGUGACUGUUUUAACAGCCAGGUUCAUCUCGUUAGUCCUGAAGGGGAAUUCAUGAAGUACCUACUGACAGAGAAUGAAGUAACAAAGCCGUGCUCCAUGUCGUUGUAUAAAUCGGCAUUGUGGGUAGGCAACAAACAUGGGCUUGUCAAAGUGUUUCAGUACUACGAAACUUGGGAUUACAUUAAUUGAUAUAUGAUCCUAUAAUGAUGAUGUUUUAAAAUAAAUUUGGAGAGAAUGAAAUGCAUGUAAAUUUAUACAGUUGACUUACCAUUGUAAUACCAAUGCAACAACAAUAAGGAUGACACUUUCAGUAUAUGUAUAUAUUUCAUAUUUGCCACUGUUUUAGUAUCUUAGAUCCAUGUAGGACACUACUUAAGAUGUUAAUUUUAUUUGAAGCAUCAAUUUGUACUGUAACAUCAUUAUAAUACCCCACUGCAAACAAUGUUUAGGGAUAUAUAGAAAUCACCUUGUCCUUCUGUUGGUCUGUCUGUCCAUCUGUGUUAUCGUGUACAGUCCAUAUCUAUCUUUUGGAGAGACAUUGGAAGUUCAUACUUCACACAAAAAUUUGGUUAUGACCUGAGGAUGUUGUCAUGAUUUUGUCUCAAAAUCAUUUGGGCAAGGUCAAGGUCACUGGAAGAAAAAUCUUAUAAUUUGUGUCCAGUCUAUUUUUUUUCUUAUGGUGAAAUAUUGGAAGUUCUUAUUUCACACAAAAAUUGCUUAUGAUCUGAGGGUGUAUAAUGUUUUGUUCCAAGGUUAUUUUGGUAAGGUAAAGGCCAUUGUUCAAAAAUGGAUAAUUUCUGCCUAGGUCAUAUCUUGUGAUGAAAAUGAUUAGAAGCUAGAAUUUGACACAAAGAUUGGUUGUGACUUGUAAACAUGUCCUAGGCUUUAGCUUUAGUCAUUUGUGCAAGAUCACUAUAAGAAGGAAAAGUGCAUACAUAACUUUUUCAUUGAGAAAGACUUGAGUUAUAUUUUUGUUUAGUGGGAGGUACAUGUAUCAUUUGUGAGAUUUGCUCACAGUACCUCUAGUUUUGAUUCAUGCACAUUGCAAAAAAAAAACGAGGAAAUAAAAAAAAAAAAAAAAAAUUGAAGUUUAUCAUCAUGCACUUACAAUAAAGUGGUUACCGGUAUGUUUUAUGAUUUAUAAAAAAAACUUAAAUCUAUCUUUUUUAGAAUUUUAAUUUGCUAUGAUACAACAACAACCUUGUAAACUGUUCCAAUUUGUGACAAUCAAUGCAAUAAAAAAAUACCAUAAAGUUUUGUUUAUUAUUAUUACAUUAAGAUGGAAUAACACAUCAUCACAAAAUGGCUGACACUGAUCGAAAUGACAUUUCGUUUUAUUUAAUGGUAAUUAUGGAUUAAAACAUGUAACUUACUCCAUAGCCGAGUGGAUAAAGUGUCGGACUUGUGAUCCGUACACCCCAAGUUCGAAUCCCACAGGGGCAUUUGUUGUUAUUUACUACAUUGUAAAAUGAUUAUUUCAGAUAUUCAUUUUUUAUCCCCAAACUGCAAAUUUUUCGCUUAUUUGACAUUUGUACAGUUUAUUUAUCAUUAUAUCUUUCGUUAUCAAAAAUUUCCUGUUAAUUUAAGUGAAUUUUUCCAGGUGUGUUAUUCCACCUUAAAACUUGUUUAGUGCAUGGAUAUAGUGAAUUCUCAGAUUAAGGAAAGUUUUUUUGAGUCCCUGGUAAAAUUCUUAAUAAACGUUUACAAAAUUUUACGGUUAUAAUGAAUUUGGAUACAUGUAUAACAUUUACAGAUAUAGCGAACUGAUUUUGAGUCCCGUAGAGGUGAAUAAUUAGGAUAUUUAACACUUUUAUAACGAAUUUCU